AUGUUCCGCCUAAUGAUGUUGCUGGCAGGGCUUCGUGGUUUCUUAACAUCAAGUCCGGGUUUUCACAAUCCAUUUCUACAAAUCAUAUUUCCAGAGAAAAUCCAAGCAAUUACAAAUGAUAAUUCUGAAGUAGAAAAUGAACAGGUAUCCUAUAUUAUUCCAAUAGAUGAGAAACCAUAUACUGUGCAUCUUAAGCAAAGAUUUUUUUUAGCAAAUGAUUUCAUGGUUUAUUUGUAUAAUCAAGGAUCUGUCAAUUCUCAUUCUUCAAAUAUUCAGACUCAGUGCUACUACCAAGGAUAUAUUGAAGGAUAUCUGAAUUCUCUUGUCACACUUACCACAUGCUCUGGACUGAGAGGAAUAUUACAAUUUGAAAAUGUAUCUUAUGGAAUUGAGCCUCUGGAAACUGCAGUUGAAUUUCAGCAUCUUCUUUAUAAAUUAGGGCAUGAAAACAAUGAAUUUGCAGGUCUUACCAAAGAUAACCGAGACACAGAAGAAACCCCAGUGGACUCUAGCAUUUUUAUAAGUGAAAAACCUGAAUCAUCUGUUGCAGAUUUAAUUCCUCUCUAUCUAGAAAUGCAUAUCGUGGUGGAUAAAGGUUUGUAUGAUUACCUGGGCUCUGAUAGCAUGAUAAUAACAAAUAAAAUCAUCGAAAUUAUUGGCCUCAUAAAUUCGAUGUUUACCCAAUUUAAAAUUACUAUUGUGCUGUCAUCUUUGGAGUUGUGGUCAGAUAAAAAUAAGAUCUCUACAGUUGGUGAGGCCGAUGAAUUAUUGAAUAGAUUUUUAGAAUGGAAAAAGUCCUAUCUUACCCUAAGGCCUCAUGAUAUUGCAUAUCUAUUCAUCUAUCGAGAUUAUCCAGAGUAUAUGGGAGCAGCGUUUCCUGGAAAGAUGUGUGUUACCAGUUAUUCUGCAGGAAUUGCUUUGUAUCCCAGGGAGAUAACUUUGGAGGCAUUUUCAAUUAUUGUCACCCAGAUGCUGGGACUCAGUCUGGGAAUAUCAUAUGAUGACCCAAAGAAAUGCCAAUGUUCAGGAGCCAUCUGCAUAAUGAAUCCAAAAGCUCUGCAAUCCAGUGGUGUGAAGACUUUUAGCAGUUGCAGUUUGAGUGACUUUGAAAAUUUCAUUUCAAAUGUGGGUGCCCAGUGUCUUCAGAAUAAGCCUCAAAUGCAAAGUCCUCCAGCAUCAAUCUGUGGCAAUGGCAGAGUGGAGAUAAAUGAAAUCUGUGACUGUGGUACUGAGGAACAAUGUGGACCUGAUAGCUGUUGUAACCCUCGAACCUGUGUGCUGAAACCAAAUGCACAAUGUGAUAGAGGAUCAUGCUGCAACAACUGUCGAUUUCUGCAAGCAGGUACUACCUGCAGGCCCACUGCACAUCCUGAAUGUGAUAUUUCUGAGAUUUGUAAUGGAAGCUCAGGAAGCUGUCCACCUGAUGUAACUAUACAUGAUGGACACUCAUGUAAAAACAAUAAAGCCUUUUGUUUUGAAGGAGACUGCCGUGAUCUUGAUGCACAUUGUGAGAGCAUAUUUGGAAAAGGCUCAAAGAAUGCUCCAUUUGCCUGCUAUGAAGAAAUACAGUCUCAAAAUGAUAAGUUUGGGAACUGUGGUAAAGAAAGAGGCAGAUUUAAAUAUUGUGCAUGGAGGAAUCUUAUUUGUGGAAGAUUAAUUUGCACCUACCCUUCUCAAACUCCUUUCCUUCAAGAAAAUGCUUCUGUGAUUUAUGCUUUUGUACGAAAUGUUGUAUGUAUAACUAUUCACUACACACUUGCGAAAGGUUUAGAAGAUCCAAUGAUAGUCAAGAAUGGCUCUGUUUGUGAUGAUGAGAGGAUUUGUGUAAAUCGUGAAUGUGUAGAAUCAAGGAUAUAUACAGAAAGAUCACAUAUUUGUUCAUUGAAGUGCAGUGGACAUGGCGUGUGUACUUCCCAGUUGACGUGCCAUUGUUCUCCUGGCUACCAUCCUCCGAAUUGCCAAGCGAGAUCCAGAGAAUCUUCCAGAUUGCCUAGAAGACAAGGUUUAAUCAUGGAAAGAGUUUUUGCAAAGGCUAGGAACAAGUUGCUUCUGUGUGUCUACAUUGGUUUACCUGUUCUCGCCAUAGCAGUCAUAAUAGCUGUUUCAUGGAAGCCUUUGAAAAAGCGGUUCAGCAAGAAAGAGGAAUCUCAAAGUAACGAGUCCAAAUCAGAAAAUAACAGCCAAACAGAUACUGUCAGAGCGUAA